AUGGCACGGAAGCGAGUGGCCCCAGCUCCCACCGAGGCCUCGGAUGACGCGUCCUCGCGCUCCCAAGUGACCUUGCGCGAUGCCGGAAAAUUGUUAUGCGACAUUCGCGACAAGUCGAAAGACGUGAUCCUCAAAACACUCAAGCAAGCGGAGAUGGCGUUGAGCUCCUCGCAGCAGGCCGACCCGGCGGUGUGUACCGCCUCGGCAGACCUUUGCCAUGCCCUGUCCUCCGACGCCCUCCUCAGACACUCGAGCACGGAGGUCCAGCUCUACACGGCAUGCUGCCUCUGCCACCUACUGAAGCUUCACGCCCCAGAGUGCCCAUACGACAAUGCGACGCUCAAGCGCGUCUUCCUCCUCUUCAGUCAAGUGCUCGGUGGGCUUGCGGACCCGGCAUCGCCCCUCUUCUCCAAGCACCUGCUCCUCCUGGACACCCUGCACGAGUUCAAAUGCUGCGUGCUGGCGAUGGACCUGGACCUGGACCUGCCCGAGGUCCAGCGCGACGAGGUCCUCUGCACCUUCAUCAGUUCCCUCCUUUCCAGCAUCAACGACUCCAACGAGGCGCAGGUGUUCCCCAGCAUGCUGGGCAUGCUGUGCACCUUUGCCGACCAGGCCGACCUCAUCAACCUGCGCCUACUGGAGGCGCUGCUCAAGCCCCUGCUGCGCCCCGCACCCGGCGCCGCGGGGCGGCUGCUGGUGCAGCUGCUGGGCCUCAAGCUGGCCCAGCUGGCGCCCAGCAUCCAGGAUCAAAUGGCAGAGUCCAUGGCAGGGCGCACCGAGGCCGGGGUGUUUGGGACUUACUGCAUGGAGCUCCUGUACCAGGUGCACUGCCGCGUCCCCCGGAUCACCACACCCCUGCCUCCCCACCCUGGCGGACGUGCUGGCCACCUCGGCGGAUGA